AGCGCAGCAAGAUCCAGCGCUGAUGAGCUGCGGGGAGUGCAGGCCAUUCUGGCAGACAUAUUGACGAGUGCGAUGCUUGAUGAAAUGGCGAAUUUCUUAUUUGUAUGUCAGCUAGUAAAUCUGGUUGUCGAAUACUUAUAAGUCAGUGUUCGUCAUGUCAUGGUGCAUGUAAACAUAUUCAGAUAUCAGUAUGAAAUCUAGUCCACUUCGAUUUGUUUAAAGGGCAAAUUGCUCCCGUGGAAGCGGAGACGUCAGAUGACAGCAUCCAUGAUGACAGAGUUGAUGGCACUUACCAAGUUGGACGGUAGAUGAUUCUAAACACAAGCCUGUGAGAAUAAAUUAACACAAGAUACAUGUACCAUACAUCACCAAGAUGCAGCUGGAGUUAAGAAGCUUGAGUAUCAGGAAUUAAGGAACAUUGUCAACAUCUUGUAUGCGAAUAUGGAAGGUUUUCAAGCAGGCAGAAAACACUUUUGUCCCCGUCUUCUGGAUUAUAUAUUAAUUGUGGGAAGUCGUCAUCCAUACAGCAACAAUAAUGUUGCACAAACACCAGAAAUGCUGCGUCGGUAUCCUCAAGAUGACCAUCCAGACUUCCCAUUGCCUCAAGAUGUCGUCUUCUUUUGUCAACCUGAAGGAUGUCUCACAGUUGGGCAGAAAAAGUUAAGUCUGAGAGAAAACACAUCUUUUGUUUUUACUUUGACGGAUAAAGAUAGUGGAAGAGCUAGAUAUGGUAUCUGUGUCAACUUCUAUCGGCCAUUCAAAUCUUCUGAAAGGAAAAUGGAAAAUCCCAAUGAAAAGGCACUACUUAAUACACAGAAUUCCAACAGCAAUGAAACUCUGAGUGUACCUUCAGAUGAAGGACGAGAGAAAAGGUCACCAAGAACUCGUAGAAGACUUAAGCAGGCCCAGAAAGUUCGGAAUAAUUCACUCACAUCACUCUGCAUACUCAGCCAUCAUCCAUUCAUCUCUACCUUCAGAGAGUGUCUGUUCAUCCUAAAGCGUCUGAUUGAUUCCUGCAAUGACAGAACUUGCAGCCGAAAAGUUGGUGGCUCAAAAGGAUCAUUAAGGGAUUGUGUGUGGGGCGUUUUGACCGGUAUAUGCAGUGACAUUCCUCCACUGGUCAGACAUGAUGUUCGUCAGAUAGAAACUUGGAUACUGCGUUUUUUAAGUGCUCCAGUUCCUGUGCCAGGCAAAACACGUGUAGAAAUUCAAGUCUUGGACACACAACCACCAAUGAUUUUUGCAUUGCCAGAUCAUACACGCUUCUCACUGGCCGAUUUUCCUCUUCAUUUACCUUUGGAAUUGCUGGGGGUAGAUACGUGUCUCAGGGUCUUAACUCUCAUCAUGCUGGAAAACAAGGUUGUUCUGCAAUCACGUGAUUACAAUGCUCUUUCCAUGAGUGUUAUGGCAUUUGUUGCCAUGAUUUAUCCCUUGGAGUACAUGUUUCCAGUUAUUCCAUUGUUGCCAACAUGCAUGGGUUCAGCAGAACAGCUGCUGUUGGCUCCAACACCAUUCAUCAUUGGUGUUCCAGCUAGUUUCUUUUUGUACAAACCCAACUUCAAACUACCUGAAGAUGUGUGGCUUGUAGAUCUGGACACAAAUAAGAUCACAUUCUGUGGAAGUCAUGAAGAGGUUCCAGUAUUGCCCGAGCCAGAAGGAUCAGUGCUGAAGAAACACUUCAAACAGGCCUUGGCUAGUAUGAGCCUCAGUCCUCCACCCAUCAAAGACUUUGAGCAAUCCAGAGGAGAAGUUGAAGCCAUAAGCCGACGCCGAGAGAAUUUCUCUGAUGAAACAGGAUUUAAUCCCUUCAUUUAUGGCAAUGACGUGGACUCUGUUGAUGUGGCAACACGUGUUGCUAUGGUGAAAUUUUUCAACUCUCCCAAUGUGAUGGCACACCACAACGAGCAUACACGGACCCUGCGUUUACAUCCAAGACCUGUGGUUGCCUUCCAAGUUCACAGUUUCCUCAAGUCAAGAGGUGUUUUAACCAGAUUUUGUGAACGACUUGCCUCAACUCAGGCUGUGGAAUUCUUUGGUGAAUUCUGUUUGAACCCAACAAAUGUGACAUUUCUACGAAUCCACACUGGAGUGUAUGACCCUCAACUCAUUGGUGACAAGCCCAAGUGGUAUCUGGAACAACUACAGCCAAUCAACUUCAAGGUACAGUUUGAUAACUGCACUUUAGGGAUUCCAGCUAGUGGUGGUAAUGAGGCUUGGUCUGAUUCAUCAAACCCUACUGAUGAAAGUGGAGAGGAGUCAGAUGGAGGGAGCAGUAGUAGUUCUUCUUAUUCCUCACUUAAUGACUUUGUUACUGAUAUGAUGAAUAGUGACAUCCAUGGAGACGUCUUAGAUAAUCAAGAAACUUCAGGGUUAAGAAGUCAGGUGGAUGAGACUAAAAUUUACCAUCCUCCUGAUACACUACAGAUUCCUGCUGAUAUGUCACAAAGUGACUCAGCUUACUCAUUUCCAGAAACAGACUCAUCAAGUAGUCAGGAUACAACGUCACCAGAGUCAUCAGAUGGUGAAGAGCUUUGCAUUACAUCAGGCUGGAGGAGCAAAAUGGGGCAAGACAUGGAAGGUGACAGUGAUGCAGAUGCAGAUAGCAUUCAGUACGACUCCGACACGUCUCCACAGAUGACUGGACUUAGCCACAAGCACAAAACAGCAGCUGGCUCAGUAUCCAGCAUUCCAGCAGACAGUGCAACUGAUGAUGUGGAUUCCAGAAGACGAGGAAGUGGGAAAGAUGAACAUUCCUCACCAACAUUCCUAGAGAAGGUCAAUGCACUGUUCCGAUCAGAUUCAUCAGAUUCUUCAACCCCACCGACACCUACUAGAAAGAAGCCAUCUUUGUUGAAGAACAUUAUGGAUCUUGCUUUGGAGACAACUUCCAGCAAGGAACCAGUUGGUUCACCAACAUCAGACCUACAUGAGUACAGCCCCAGUGUGCGUUCAGACCCUGGACCGUAUCGAGGCAGCAGUGUUACUCAAACUAACUCGAUGGGGUUACCACUUAGAAAAAAGAAAGCAGCAUCUCCAUUUCCUAGAGAUACUCGCCGUUCAUUAGUGGAGCGUUCUUCACUUAUAAAACACAGCUCUACUAAGAAACCAGAUAAGGAUCGGAAAAGACUGUCCAUUUCAGAAGAUAGACCUAAUAGCAAGAAUGAUCGAUCAUUGAAGACAUUAAUCGAUGACCAACUGUUUAUCAAAGAGAUCACAAGAGGAGUGUUGGAAGGUAACAAUGUCGGUUGGCUCAACUGGUCUCGCCUCAAGAAGUUAAUGCAGAGUGAGAAUAUGAGGGCUCAGGUCAUAAGUCAGCUAUCCCCACAAGAGAACACAAAAGUGCUUGAUGACUACAUUGAUGAUACGCAAGUGAGCAAAGCUGUAUACAAGGGGAUAGUAUCUGUCCUGAAGGCUGUGAUUGCUGGACUGGAAUACUCUUUCUAUAACCAGCCAUUAGGAGGUUUUGCCAGUGCAUUUGCUCUUCUUGAGAUUGCUCACACACACUACUUUGGCAAGGAACCAGACAAAGGCAAGGAUAGCAAGAAAGCUCAUUUGCAUGGUGAUGGGAUUAGAUGUGAGAGUACAUAUGCAAUGGAGGGGUCAAAGGUUAUCACACCAGAUGAACAUCAUGGUGGCAGCAUGGGUGCCAUUCCUGAAACACAUAGUCUCAGUGAGGAUAAUUUUAUUGCUGCAAUAGAGAGUUGGGAGAAAAGGGGGUCUUUGGUGAGUAGCAGUAGUACUAGCACAGAAGAAGGUGCCAUCAGGGUGAAUUCUCCUAUGAUGGAAGAUAACCGAAAUGACAGUGCCUAUGAGUUAAUUGACAUGUCAGAAGUAGGUGUUGGUGGAAGCACAGGUGCAGGGGUGCACGGAGCUGUUGGGAUUGCAGCAGAAGUUGCAGUUACAGGUGCAAUAGGUUCCAAAGUAGAUGUUGAGUAUCCAGGACAAGAUGAUGAUCACAGAACAGUCCAGUCAAGAGAUGAACCUAUCAAAGAUAUAUCUAUCAAAGAUAUAACUAACAAUAACAGCGACUGCACAGAUGAAGGUAUCACAUUCCGAGUGAGGAAAAAUGAUGCAGAAAUCAUUCCAGACAACAGCAAAACCAUGGAACCUAGGGAGAUCGGUGUGCGAAGAGAGAAAUUCUCUGAGAAAAUUUCAAGUUUGGAUUCCGAGAUAUCCGAAGCCAGUACUUUAGUUAGCUACAACAGCACUGACACUCUUGGGAAUGAAAGUGACAGUAGUUCCACUUGUGGUGAGGGUCGCUUACGUCGCACUCGCAUUACGCAUCAGUCAAUACGCUCUGUAAUGUCGGAUAGUGAAGUGGAACUCAAUGGGCUGUCUUCAUUCAGUGGAAGGCAUCGUUCUCCUGCCGCUUGGAGUUCCAAAAGCUGUGUUAGUGCUGGCUUCCGUUAUCAUGGUGGAAGCAUGAUUGCAACAGAUACAGAUGCAUCAGAGUUGAUGCUACGACACUAUGUGUUUGAGGCAUUAAUCGCAAAGGACAGAUCUCCCUUGUGGGACCAGGUUCAGUUUUGGGAAGAUGCUUUUCUGGAUGCUGUUGCAGCUGAGAGAGAUGCUGUAGGCAUGGACCAAGGACCAGCCGAAAUGAUUCACAGAUAUGACUCUCUGACAUCAAGUGAGAAGAAGAGACUUGAAGAAGAUGAAGACAAACUUCUUGCUGACAUGCUGACUAACGCCAUUGCUUUCAUGGUCAUGAUGAAAUUGCCAAAACCAGAAAUAAAACGUAAAGUUCGGCGUUUACUGGGGCGAUCUCACAUCGGCUUAGUAUAUAGCCAAGAGGUGAAUGACCUACUGGAUCAAAUCAACAAUUUGGUAAGACCAGACACUUUUCUUCUAUUUCAAAAAGGAUUCGAUGUGCAACAUCCUUUUAUGACAGUAUUAAUCAAUUAAAACAAUUUUAGAUAC